GCAUGUAUACCUUGAUCAUGGAUGGCACCUUUAUGGACAGUACUCGGGAUGUGCUCGGAUCCCUUAGGACUAUGGACAACGAUGGGUUGCAGGGCUGGGUGUCCAUCUCCGUCUUUCUCAUCUACGUCUUACUGACCAACAUCACGGUGAUGAAUAUGCUCAUUGGCAUCGUGUGUGAGGUGGUCUCAGAAGUGAAACGUGAGGACGAGGAAGGGGUGGCCAUCGAUUUCAUGAAGGAACACUUGCGGACCAUGUUGACCGACUUGGAUCAGGACAAGAAUGAAAACAUCUCCAAGUCGGAGUUACAGAGCGUGGUCGAAGAUGAGAAGGCCAAGGUCGUUCUUUCAGAGCUUCAGGUGAAACCGGAAGAUGUCAUCGAUUUAACCGAAUACCUUUUUGAGCAAGAUGAAGAUGCAGGGCGUGAACAGGAAGUGACCAGAGAAGAGCUGUUAGAGGUCAUCCUGAAGAUCCGCGGCGGGCGCACCAUCUCCAAUCAGGACAUCAUUGAUGUGCGUUGUGAUAUCCGGCGCAUCGUCCAGCGGCAAACGAACAUGGUGUUACGGGAAGUGUCCUACUUGCAGAGGUGUUUGACCGAAGUGGUACAUCGCACUGGUGGAAUGCUGCCGUCUCCACGGCCGUCACACCGAGGUCCGGCUGUGACAGUGGCACCACCGACGGAGGUUCCCACGGCGCAAGCGUCGACCUAAGCGUCGGGCCUCACGCGCCAGCGUCCGGCCGCACGUCCGAAGCUCCGCAUCCCUGUCCGAAGUGCUCAAAAUGGAAGGACCCGCUUAGGGCGGGGGAAAUGAC